AUGCAGUCUCGCUGUAGAAAGCUAUACUCUCUACUCUCCAUCUUCUCUCACAAGUUGAGCCGGCUUCGUCAAACGAACCUGCUGCAUCUCAAGCGAAAGCUGACCAAGCGUAGCAGAGGUCGUAUUCAUUCGGUCGUAAUUCCAAAAUUAAUUUCUCUCUCUCUCUCUCUCUCUCUCUCUCUCUCUCUCUCUCUCUCUCUCUCUCUCUUCACCACGUGUCUUUGCUGGGAUCAGACAAAGAGACCAAAAUCUUGGCGCGAGUUUGCAUUUGAUUUUAUUUGUUUCCUUUCCAUUGUUCUUGCCACCGCAGUCUUCUUCCUCAACCUCGUCUCUCUUCAGGCAAUGGAAGCAUCAAGUUCUUCCUCUGCUAAUUUACAAGAUCUCUUCGCCAAUCUUUCUUUCUGUAGUGUCUGUCUAUCAGACUUUUUCUUAUCUCGCUCUUCUUUGUUUCUGGACCUCUUUCUCUCUCUCUCUCUCUCUCUCUCUCUCUCUCUCUCUCUCUCUCUCUCUCUCUCUCUUUGCUUCUUCCGUGCCCCCCUUCUCUCUCUCUCUAUCUAUCUAUCUCUCUAA